AUGUCAGAGGCUCUACUGGGGGCCCGCGCAGUAUGCCUUGAUCAAGCCAAAAAUGGCCUUUUGAAAUACUGCACUGCCUCAACAAACACCAUUGCCAUCUCCCACGUUUGGAGCCACAGCCAAGGUGGAAGACCAGAAAAAGUUAAGGACUCUACUGGCUUCAACGCCUGCCUGCAUGAACGCUAUUUCAAAAUAGCACGUCAGUUCGCAUGCCAGUCGUACUGGAUGGACACACCAUGUAUACCACAGGAUCAUCAGCUCCGGAAAGAAGCAAUUGCCGAAAUCAACAAUGUGUUCCGCUCGAGUCGCUUCACUCUAAUCUGUGAUAUGGAUGUUAUGCGUAUUGACAUCGCACGGAACAGAACGCUCCGAACCGAUGAGUCGAUUAUCGCAGCACUGCUUGUUUCCGAUUGGAAUGUGAGAGCUUGGACACUCCUUGAGGGUCUUAAAGGGGCCGAAAAUGUAUACCUCCUUUGCAAAAAUGAUGAGGUAGUCCCGCUUGCCGACAUCGUAAAAUCAGUACAUGCCAAGGGAAACAUUGAUUUAGCAGCAUUGUUCCUUACCAUGGACCACUUGUUCCCCACGAAAGGUCGACAAAAGCGAGAUUCCAAAGAGUUAGGCGCAGAACGUAGUAACGAGCUACAUUUAGAAACCGCAGCGAGCGUACUUACUCAUAGACAUUCCAGUCGACAGGGUGAUCAAAUCGUAAUCUGGAGCCUCUUAUGCGGGAGCCAGUUGUCGUAUACCGCGGAAAAUUUUUGGCGAGACCCUCUGAACAUUUUGGUCAACACUGGCUUCUUAAUGUCCGAUGCUCCAAGGAUAUCUGGCGUCAAAGGACUUAGCUGGGCCCCAGCUCGGCCAGACCUUCCUCUUGAAAUCGAGUCUACGCGGAAGAUCAAGACACGCCACUUCGCCGACGAAGGCAUCGGAAGCGAGGAGGGGCACCGAUCUAAGGAUGGUUUGAGAGCUAGGUGGUUAAUUGGUGAACUCAAAGAUGAAGGUUUUAGAAAAGCAUUACGGAAGGCCCCCAGUUGCUUCUUAAAAGGCAUCUCAAAGUUUUCGUCUUCUCCAGCAUCUAAGGCUUACGUGGACGACAUUCUACACCAAACUUCGUACUUCUGGCACAUGGGGGUGCUCGCGUUGAGCACUGGGAAAAGACUCAGACAAGUUGCCAUUGAAACGGGGGUAAAACUGGAAAACAUGGGACUCCUGCGGACUCUAGAAGGCCCGCCGUUCUAUGAUACGGUGCCGUACACGUUUCGCGGAGACGGAAGUGAGACGCUUGUUGCUGUAGUGGAGCGAAAUCCUGGAGGGAAUUGGAUUUGGAGGAAGUUGAGAACGAAGCAAAAGACAGAGACCGCAGAGCGGGACAGCCCUUGUGCUAAGCCAGUUUUGGAACUGUCACGUGCCGGCGAGCGUCGGUCACGCGUCGCUGUCCGAAACAGCGACUUGCAACUCAUCACCUCCAGCCUGCACAACUCUGCGCAGCUCGACCAUGACAACUCCUCCGAGCUGCGAAUCUUCCUUCAGCUCAUCGUUUCGCACGCCCAAACCACUCACUACGGCCGCGCCUCCAUCGCCGCCCUUGUCGAGCCCCCACCGCACCCCGACCGCUCCUCCGGUCGAGCGACUCCUUGGCAAGCUCAAGGACAUACACCGGGGGACCUGGCUGGACGCGUCCGCUAUUGCGAGCUUCUGUGGCGCGUCGACGAGGGCGACGAUCGGGACUUCGCGAGCUGGUACGAGACAAAGGGCCGAUUCGACUACGACGCCGACCUCGGGUUAUUCAUCAUCCGCAUGGGAUUAACGUCGCUUCAUGACAGACUGAAUCAGAGACUUGGCGCCCGCAUUGAGGAGCAUUUAAGGCGGUUGACGGCGAAACACCCAGACCAACUUACCCAGCUCAUGGCUGGCGUUAUACACGUGGGCUCCACUUCAAUCGACCUAGAUACGGACAAUUCAGAUGAUUCAAAUGCUUCUCCCGAUCCGCAGAGCUACCGGUGCCCAGACGGCCAGUUCCAACAUGAGGAAGCCCUCUACUCCUCCGUCGUUGAAGUCGCCUACAGUCAGAAGCGCAGGAGACUUCCCAAGGUUGCCGAUGAUUUCAUUCGCAGAACCAAAGGCAACGUGAGCGCCGUUAUCGCCCUAGGCAUCGACUAUACCCCGCCAAAGCGCCAGUCGCCCCGCUCCCAAGUUAACAAACUCAAGCCACCACCGUCCAAGAUUGCCACAGUCAGCAUAUGGCGAGAAGGCCCGCUCCAGUUUGCCGAUGACGGCCAGGAGUUCACCGAAGUCGAACAAGACGAGCACGUCUUACGCGACGUGGCUGGGACUCUGCAACCAGGCACACUUACCCUCCCUCUCACCGACUUCGUCCCUCCUUGUGUCCUUGAAGACUAUCCCGUCCACAUCCAAGAGCUCGUCACCAACCUCUCCCUCGCCAUCCCCUUUUUUGAAUUAUACGACGACCUUGUCCAUGCGGAGAGUGUGCACCAACGGCGCGUCGAAAAGAAGGGCAAGACAAACACGCGCUCGAGGACAAUACGCAAGAGGAAAUACACUGAGAUUGAGCAGCUGGAACAGGAUAGGGAAGCCGAGUUCACGCGGCAAGAGGACGCCGAUGAGAGAAAAGGUGACCAGGACGUUGAUUUCGAGGACGGCCUUGAAAGGCCAAGAAAAGGCAGAAGGGCGAGAUAG